UCUUCAGACUGAUUUGUGAAGCCGUGAACAUGCAAACACAGGCUGAUGUACUGCUUGUCACCGCAAAUGUCGGGUCACUCUUUGACAAUGUGGGUGAAAUUCAGAAUGAAUGGUUACAAGAACUGUAUAAGACUAUCCGCAGCUACAAGCCGCAGUUCAUCGCCCUGCACCUACAGGAGGUGGGAGGGAAGGACUACAUGGUCAACAUGGGCCACGCAGAAAAAUUCUUCGGGAGCAUUGAGUCCAGUGAGGAAAUGAAAGACUUUGAUCGGGUCUGCAUCUAUGUGGACAACCAGUUCCAAGCAGAAGACAGCUUCACGGCUUUGGGGAGCAUAUACUUCAUCCACAAGACACUGAAAAACAUCUGCCAGUAUGAUUUCAAUGUUAAGGAUUUUAAAGCAGUGUCGGGGAAGAACAAGUACGUGGGCUCUCUGAACGGGGUCACCACUGUGGAAAAAGAAAAAUUCCCAAAGAAUUUCUGGCCCGAUUUCAAGUGGUCCAGAAAGGGCUUUAUGAGGACUCGCUGGAUCAUACACAACCAAGGACUGGACUUGGUCAAUGUCCACCUGUUCCAUGAUGCCUCCAACCUCAUUGCCUGCAACUCCAGUCCUUCCAUUUACUCAGCCAACCGCAAAAAUGCUCUCAGAUAUGUCAUCAACAGGAUAUCAGACAGUCGCUACACUCCUCUGCCUUUCUUCCUGUUUGGAGAUUUCAACUUCCGUUUGGACACACUAAGUUUGGUCCAGCAUCUGUCCAACUCGGCAGAUGUGCAGACAGUGAAGAAGGACAGCAGUAACGAAGUGGAGAAAAUCAUCUGCGAGGAAAAAGACAAUGACCACCAGGUGCUUCUGCAAAUUGAGGAGAAGAUCUUUGUCUAUGUGCACCAGGCGGUUUUCAGGGAGGACAACGGAAAAGCACUUUUGAAAUAUGAUAAGGAAGUCACAGCCUUUCAUGAUGUUAUUAGGGAAGAGGAAAUCAAGUUUCCACCCAGCUACCCCUACAGUGAAGAGUACACUAAACCAACCCAGUACAUGAACACUCGCUGUCCUGCCUGGUGUGAUCGUAUUCUUAUGUCACACACCGCCCAAGAAUACAUCCAUAAUAGCGAUGAUGAUGAGAAGAGCAUUGUUUACAACACAGUGGGUCCAAAUGUCUGUAUGGGAGAUCAUAAGCCGGUUUUCUUGUUCGUCCCACUGAAGACAAAUGACCAUUGACUUGGAUCCGUCUCAAUGGUGAGAGUAUAUGCCAGUGAGUGUGCGCCUGUAUUGCACAGCAUGUGGAAGUGUCUGUAUGUAGUGAUUCCAGA